UACAGUGUACAUAGACAGAUAUAUGCUUACGAAAGUCUACACUAGUUCAAUGUUUAAUCCACAAUUAACAACCGAUGAUUAAGACGGACGAAUCAACAUCGUAAAAUUAGCGACAAUUUAACACCAAUAGUUAAUGUGAUUAAGGACAUUAACCCCAAUAAUAACUCACAAGACAAGUGUCUUCUAGCUAGAGUCCACACCUUCCAACUAAGCUUUUUCCAAAAAACAAACUUUCUUGCGCUUAUCUUACCAAAACAAAAAAAAAGAACGUUUUAACAUUCAGAUAAAAAAAACAAAAGAACCAUUCUUUCAUCAAGAAAGAUUAAAACAUGAAAACAAACGAUCAUGGCCUUCCCUUCUUGUGCUUAUUCGUCAUCUUUUCUCUUCUUUGGUUCCCUUACUUAGCCAUAUCCGAGACACCGUGUCCAUACCCUUGUUAUCCAACGCCACCUAUUGGUGGCGGUGGCUCCUCCACACCCUCCUUGUCUCAACCACAACCAUACCCUCCUCCAGCUGGGAAUUUACCAAACUAUCCUCCACCAGCUGGGAAUAUACCAAACUACCCUUCUCCACCGUACGGUGGCGGUGACGGUAGUGGCGGCAGUCUUUAUGGUCCCCCACCGCCGGACGCUAUCUUGCCGUACUUUCCUUACUACUUCAGGAAACCUCCUCACCAAACGGAUCAAACAUCGUCUUCUUCACUCUUGGCGGUUCCAGGAAAAUUGACGGUGAUGAUCAUAGCGGCCGUGGCAACUCUUGAGUUGGUUGGAGUGCUCGGUAACAUUUUGUUUACAACUAAGUUAGUUUAGUUUAGUAACUCUUGUGAGUCUUUUUCGUAUGUUGUGUAAGAAAAUAUUGUAACAUGUUACACUUUGAAAUAUUUAGGAGGCUAAUAACAUUAUCCGUUGUAUUUCUUUUA